AUGGCUGCAUCUGGCACUGAAUACUCGGGAGACCUGACUUGGUACGAUGUUGGACUUGGUGCUUGCGGUUUGACCAGUGUUGAUGGUGAUCACAUCGUUGCCAUCUCCCACGUGAUCUUCGAUGCCUACUCCACUGGCAACCCCAACACAAACCCUCUUUGCGGCAAGUACGUUACUAUCACCGGCAAGGAUGGUCAAGCCUACCAAGCUAAGGUCGUCGACCGCUGCGUUGGCUGUGCUGAAGCCGACCUUGACCUUUCGCACGAGUUCUUCAACUCUGUCACUUCCAACGGCGACGGCCGUGUCGCUGGCAUGUCCUGGACUUGGAACUAA